UUGAUCUGCCUUUGUUUGUCAUGGAGUUAAUAAGUAGCAGGAUGGUCUUAGGUUGUCUGAAACAUCACUGUCCGUUUUGAAAUAAAUGUACGACUCCAGUGAAAUCCUCUCAUUUUUGUAUUGUUCCCCAGUUUAAGGUUCAACAUGGGAUUUUCUGUCCACUGGAUUUGGUUCACUGCUCUUUCAUGUCUCCUCUGCAUGGGUGGUGAAGUUUGGUGUGAUUGCACAGAGGCGAAUAUAGAAAUUGAGGGAGGUAAUUACACACUGACCAAGAAUCUGAGUGUAGGCAGCAUGUUGGUCUACCAUUGUCCUGAGGGCUACUAUCCAUACCCUGCUUUGAUCCGUCUGUGUCAGCUCGAUAGCAGCUGGAGACCAGCACCCAAACGUUUUCGUAAACAGAGAUGCAAGAUGGUUGAAUGCCCAGACCCUAAUGUGCUGGAGAAUGGAAACGUGUCCCCUCCUCAGGAGAGGUACUUUGUGGGCAAUGAGACCACGUAUGAGUGCUACUCUGGAUACAAACUACGUGGCUCAUUCAGACGUGUUUGCUUAUCAAACACGAAGUGGAGCGGCUCCACUCCCAUCUGUAGCCGUGAUGCAGGAGAUAAUUGUGCUGAUCCUGGCAUCCCACCUGGUGCCUUAAGAACAGGGAAUGUGUUUGAUGUUGGUGACAAAGUGAAAUACAGCUGCAAUGGCAAUCUUUUUCUGGUGGGGUCGAGCGAAAGAGUGUGUCUGGAGAGUGGCCAGUGGACUGGCCAAGAACCAGCAUGCUACUACAGACACACCUAUGACACUUCACAAGAGGUAUCAGAGGCAUUUGGCAGUGCAAUCAAAGGCAGCCUCACCACUUAUGAGCCAACAGUUGACACACAGGAGGGGAGAAAAAUCAGGAUUUCAAAAACUGGGACACUAAACAUCUACAUCGCUGUGGAUAUUUCCGAGAGCAUCCAAGAGGAAUACAUCCAAAAUGCAACAAAUGUUACAAAAUCACUUAUUUCAAAGAUUUCAUCUUUUAGCGUGACUCCAAACUAUGAGGUCCUCUUUUUCUCCUCUCAAGUAUUUAGACUUUCCAGAAUUUUGGAUUUCAUGGAUGGUAGAGAAACACUAAGCACUCUGAUGACUAAAUUGGACAAUUUUACAGAAACCAUCAAAGACAGAGACACUGCUGGAACAAAUCUGAACGAAGUCUUUAUAACCUUCCUGGAAGACAUGGCUUUGGUAAAGCAACGAGUUAAAGAUGAAGGUUUUAAGGAACAUCGUCACGUCCUCAUCGUUUUUACAGAUGGUGGUUAUAAUAUGGGUGGUUCACCUGAACCAACUGUGAGAAAAAUAAAGAACAUGGUGUACAUGAACCACAUUCAGGGCAUUCAAUCACGAGAAGACUAUCUGGACAUUUACAUUUUUGCCAUUGGAGAUGAGAUCCUUGAUGAUGAGCUGAAGCCCCUCGCAACAGGGACUGGUGGCAGGCAUUACUUCAGAAUGCAAAAUGACUUAAUAAACUUGAAGGAAGCCUUUGAUGAAAUAAUUGAUGCAGACGAAGUUUUGGGCAUGUGUGGUCUUUACAAUUCAACAACUGUAGGAAGUGAAAGGGACCAGAGGAAAAGGUUUCCAUGGGUAGUAUUCAUUACUAUCAAGAAUGAGGGAACUUUCACAAAUUGCCUUGGCUCUCUUGUGACCAAAGAGUUUGUCUUGACUGCUGCUCACUGCUUCAAAUUUGGAGAUAGGGAGGAGCACAUCAAGGUUGAGAUUGAUGAUCAAGCUAGAAGGGUUAAAAAAAUCAAGUUACACCCAAAAUUCAAUAUCACGGCUAAAGAGGAUGAAGGCGUGCCGGAGUUCUAUGACUAUGAUGUGGCUCUCCUUCAACUGGAGGAAUAUGUUGACUUCUCUUAUUAUAUCAGACCUGUUUGCAUACCUUGCACCCAGGAGACCAGUGAUGCUCUAAGACUGGUUGGUAAUUCCACCUGCAAGGACCAAGAGGAUCUCCUGUUUAAGAAUCAUAUUGAAGAACUCUAUUUCCUGACAAAGUCAAGAAGCCUGGUAAAGGAAAAAACUGUCCGCGCUAAGGUCGGCGAUAAUAGAGGUGAAUGCAUCAGCCAUGCGAUAAAGGCACCAGGUAUAACAACGAAAAAUCCAGAGGUUGCUGUGACUGAUAACUUCCUGUGCACUGGUGGUCAGUUUCCUCAGGUAGAUCAUAUAGCAUGUACAGGUGACUCUGGAGGUGCUGUGGUCAAAGACUAUCUCGUGUAUCGCACAAUACAGGUUGCAGUGGUCAGCUGGGGAACCAAGAAUCUUUGCAAGUCAGGCAGUCAGACAAAGUCAGACGCCACUUCCAGAGAUUUCCAUAUUAAUCUUUUCAAAGUUGUACCUUUCCUCAAAUCAGUCCUUGGAGAUGACACCCAGGAUGAGUACUCAUCACUUAAGUUUUUGAACAGCUAAAUACAUUUCCUCUGAUUUGUUUAAGCAUUUCAGUAACGUGAUUUGUGUAGACUGUGUGUUUAAAAACUGUAUGUUAUUUUUUGCUGAUUGAUGCAUGGAUGAUUGGAUUCAAUCAAUGACUCAUUCAAUCAGACUGUGAGUUCACAAUGGAAAACACAAAUGUCUCAUCAGUAGCACACAUUGACAAUAAAUUUGGCAUCACUCAUUCUCAAAAUCCACAACUACAGUGAUUUGAGUGUUCAAUCAGUAUGUACAGAAGUUAAUAAAUGAGCAUUAAUCUGUAUCUUGAUGCAAAUGGUUAAGUUGAGUUAGCCAUAUGACGGUAUAUAGGGUGAGAUGAUAUAAAUUUUAGAUUCACUAUUUGUUCAUUUAUGGCUUUUCUGUAUGGAGUAUUUAUGAUUUGU